AUGAAAUGCAUAGAGGAAUAUACAUUCGAUAGAGAUAAGUGCCCGGGGAAAAUGUUGGAAGAUAUAUUGAGGGAGGACUACUCUUUUGACUUUGAAGGAGAACAGAAGUCGCUUUUCACACUAAGAAAAAAGUUUCUGUGGUACGAAGGAUGUAAGGUUAUUGAGGUUGGAGAGGUUCCGGGGCAUAUACAUGGAAAUAGGCUAUUCAUGGUAGAAGACAGACUCAGAGUUUAUGAGCUCCCCAGUGUGGCUUCACGUUUCCGUAAUGCAUCUGUGGCGAAGAAAGAAAAAACUGUCUGCAUUGAAAGGGAUGGAAGAAAGUGCUUCCUUCCUGAUGGAGCGGAGGACGGGUUUCUGGAUGGGGAUUUUUCAAAGGACAGGGUAUGGAUAUGGAGUUUGGCGGAGGAGGAAGGGAGGGAGUACUUAAGUAGGAAAGUCUAUUUAUUAAGGAAGGAAGAGUUAGUUGGGCCCGAGAAGAAAUUAUAUAAAAGGAAUGGAGAGGUGAUUCUGCAAAUCCAAGACAUCUUUGUAAGGAAGUGUGUGGAGAUCUCUAAUCCAAUGAGGGUGUGGAGUAAGGCAAUGGGGGAUGGAAUGGUUGUGAUAGUUGUGACUUCUGGGAUUGUGUACAUGGAAUAUGGAGGAUAUGUCAGUUCAAAACCUUGCUGUAAAGGCAUCUAUGGAAUGGAUGGGUGUAGACUACUUGGGCUGUCUUCUUGGACAGAUAUAUCUGAUCUAUACCUGACACUUCGGCUAUUUACAGACAUCCAGGUGGAUCUAAGAGCAUUGGAGAGAAUCGAGGAGUAUCUCUUCAAAUUGUUUGUGUUUACCUCCAAAGGAGAAUGGAUGGUCAAAUGGCUACUUAAAUCUGGAAUGGAUAAAGAGAAAGAGAUGAUUCUUUGUAGGCUGUACAGAAAGGUGGAUGACAAGGGAAAAAGAAAGCUAAAUCCAUGGAUGGAGAGAAUAAUAAGCCUAGAUGCUUUGAAGCUUGUGAUAAUAUACUUUCCUGAGGAGAUGGAAAGGUAUAUCAGGAUGUGUAUAGAGGAAAAGAGAGAAUAUGAGAUAGAGGAGAUUAUUGAGCACUAUCGAGGAAGUGAGAUGAUUGAGAGAAUAUGCCAGAUAUUACUGAGGAACAAUUGCCUCUAUCUUUUUAGCUUAUGCAUGCCUGAGUAUGUCGGAAAGUUUGGAGAUGUUGCUUUGGUUGAGAAGUACAACAUGGAAAGCCAGAAGAAUAAAUGGAAGGUUCAAAAGAUGGAAGAGAAUUUGAUUUGA